AUGACUACCAAACACCAAAACCGAGGACUGGUGAAGCAGGGAAAAAAUGAUGCCGCAGUCAUCAAUCUUCCUUAUCCCAAACUCCGAGAUGAUUUCAUUCAGGUGAAAACAAUCGCUGUAGCGCUCAACCCAGCCGAUUGGCAAGACCUGGAAGAGCAAGAGCUCAAGCCCGGCUCACCACCUCUCUUGAUCGGCUGCGACUAUUCUGGGAUCGUCGAAGCGAUUGGAAAGGAUGUAAGCAAAGAUCUAAAGAUAGGAGACCGAGUGAUGGGCUUUGCUCAUGGCACGAAUGUGGAUAAUCACGAGGACGGCACUUUCGCGGAACAUAUCACGGCCAAAGGAGAUCUCACUAUACGCAUCCCACCUAGCUUGAGUUUUACCGAUGUUGCCACUGUACCAUGCGGUGUGGGGACCGCUGCACUUGCAUUAUAUAGACACCUUGGCUUGCCAUUGCUGCCUGAAACUGUGGCUGGCAGCCCUUGGAUACUCGUAUAUGGAGGCAGUAGUGCAUCUGGAUCCAUAGCUAUUCAGUUCGCAAAGCUGUCUGGAUUGAAGGUCGUAACAACCUGCUCUCCUCGAAACUUUGAUUUUGUCCGCGGACUUGGUGCAGAUGCUGUGUUUGACUACCGAGACCCGGGUUGUACCAGACAAAUCCGAGAACUUACUUCAGACACCCUCAAACUCGUUCUAGACACAAUCGCUACUUCGGAAACGGCUGAGGUCUCUACCCAAGCUAUGAGUUCAAGCAAAGGGGGUAUAUAUUGCAAUUUGAUGGGCGUUGACUCCCCUCGCAAAGAUGUAAAAGCCGUUUUCUUCUUGGGUUAUACUGGCCUUGGUGAGACCUAUACCUUUCUGGGCGAAGAAUGGCCUGUGGUUCCCGAAGAUUAUGAACUCGUCAAGAAGGUUCUUGCCCUCUCUGAGGGACUUCUUGAAGAUGGGAAGAUCAAACCACAUCCGGCGGCUGUUCGGCCUGGUGGUCUUGGGGGUAUUUUGAGUGGGAUGAUGGAUCUGAAGAAUAAGAAGAUUAGUGGGGAGAAACUGGUCUAUGUCAUUGGGAAGGAAGAUUAA